AUGGAUGGUAGGAGGACAAUUUUAAUGGGACGUUAUGAAAUCGGUAAACAGCUGGGACAAGGAACCUUUGCAAAGGUCUUUUAUGCUCGUAAUCUUACUACUAGCCAAGCUGUUGCCAUAAAGAUGAUUAACAAGGACAAGGUUAUGAAGGUUGGGCUCAUGGAGCAGAUAAAGAGGGAGAUUUCAAUAAUGAGGUUAGUGAAGCAUCCAAAUGUUCUUCAGCUUUUUGAGGUUAUGGCUAGCAAGAGCAAGAUUUAUUUUGUUUUGGAGUAUGCUAAAGGUGGUGAGCUUUUCAACAAAAUUGCUAAGGGGGGAAAGCUCAGUGAGGAUGCUGCGAGGAAAUAUUUCCACCAAUUGAUCAGUGCUGUUGAUUAUUGCCACAGUCGAGGUGUCUAUCACCGUGACUUGAAGCCCGAAAACCUUCUACUUGAUGAGAACGAAAACCUUAAAGUCUCAGAUUUUGGUCUGAGUGCUCUAGCUGAGUCCAAGAGGCAAGAUGGUCUCCUGCAUACCACAUGUGGAACUCCAGCUUAUGUUGCUCCUGAAGUUCUGAGCAGAAAAGGUUAUGAUGGUGCAAAGGCAGAUAUAUGGUCUUGUGGAGUAAUUCUUUUUGUGCUUGUGGCUGGUUACCUUCCUUUCCAUGACACAAAUUUGAUAGAGAUGUACAGGAAAAUUUCCAGAGCCGAGUUUAGAUGCCCUCGUAUUUUCUCAACUGAGCUGAAGGAUCUGCUAUAUAAAAUCCUCGAUCCAGAUCCUAGCACUAGAAUUUCUAUCGCGAGGAUAAAGAGGAGUGCUUGGUACAGAAAACCGGUUGAAGUACAUGCAAAGAAAAAUGAGGCCCAAACAAGUGAGAAUACUUGUACAGGUGAAGGUCCAACUUCUGGCUCAACAGAGUGCAGUACGUCCGAAGGAAAUCAAGGGCCAUUAAGCCUUCCAAACUUGAAUGCAUUUGACAUCAUCUCUCUCUCAACAGGUUUUAAUCUCUCUGGGUUUUUUGAGGAUAAGUAUGGUCGCAGGGAAGAGAGAUUUACUACCAGGCAACCUGUAACAACAGUAUUUACAAAGCUGAAGGAGCUCUCCAAACGCUUAAAGCUAAAGGUCAAGAAGAAAGAAAAUGGGAUCUUGAAGUUGGCAGCUCCAAAGGAAGGAAAGAAGGGUGUGCUUGAGCUUGAUGCAGAGAUUUUUGAGGUUGCCCCUUCUUUGCUCUUAGUUGAGUUGAAGAAGACCAACGGGGACACGAUGGAGUAUCAAAAGCUAGUGAAAGAGGAGAUAAAGCCAGCACUGAAGGAUAUUGUUUGGGUUUGGCAAGAUGAUCAACACCAGCACUCGCAACCACCACAGUCUCUAUUGUCACCACCGCAGCCACAGGAUGAGUUGCGACCAUCGGUGCCUCAGCAAGAGGGGCAAGACUUGUUAGAAGCCCCAUUGCCAUCACUACCGCUUGACCAGUUGAAAUCACCAACUGCCCUAGAGCAAGCAGAGCAGCUGCCACAAAAAGAACAGUUGGAACAGUUGCAAACGCCAAUUGCUCCAGAGGAACACAAUAACUAG